AUGUCAAACUGCCAACGGUCCUACGGUAUACCAGGUUUGUGCUUCCGUUCUGCGGAGCUUUUCUUUGAAGGAAAUACAUUUUACGGAGGGAGUACGAAGGGUUCUUACCUGUUCGAUUCGAAUUUGUUACCGGAUUUCGAGUUCAAGUGUUCAUGUCCCGGUAAGAUUGAGUGA